CCAAAGUGCGAUUUCUAUAACUUUUUCGCGACAGCUUAGAAUUGUACAAAAAAACAGAAAAAGAUAUCGGCAAAAGUGUAGCUAAAAGAUUGCCAACUCCGGUCGUUCUAGUGGUUACUACUUUAUUUUCGUUUGCGACGAUUAACCGAGUCUGAUACCAACGGAAUCUAGCCGGAAGUGGCUAAUAAGCAAUGGCCUCGAAAUACGAAAUGUGAAAGUUUUCGUUUUCUCGUAUUUUUCUCACUGGUUUAAAAGGAAAAAAAUCUCGUUUGAAGUGUCCUAGUAAGACCGUAAAAAGUGAGUUUUUUUUUGAAAACGUAGGAUCCGUGUUACCGGUCAUAACUGCAUCAAGGCUAUUGUUGGCUGUUCUUUUUCCGGAACCUUCACCGAGCGUUGGCGGGGUCAAAUAGCACAUAACUCGGGGCAAUAUGUCGGUGGUUCGAACAAAAGUCCUCGGUUUGGUGGACGUGAUUAUGCGAGUUCCCAGCUUGUUUAUCAUCGAUGAAAUCCUCAAGAUUAGCAUGGGACUUCCGAACACGUCAUCCAGCGUUUCGAAUGGAACGGCAGGGACUGUGACAGAUCCUUCCUCUUCGGCGGUCGUUUCCGAAUCACUUGUUAACAUGACUAUAAAUGCUACUAUGAAGGUAGCCACAGCUGCGGCUUCCGACAUGCUGGGAGCAACCACCGGAAUUGGACCGGAUCACAGUUCCAUUAAGGAUAACAUCGAGUUCUACAAAUUCGUGUCGCUGACGACGCUCAAAUUUUUGCUGUGCUUUUUUGGUUGUCUGAGCGCAGCGUGUGUGUUCAUGCUGUGGACACGCCACUUAGUCAUAGUGUACAUGUACAUCAUCUCGGUGGGUCUGAUAUUCCUGUCGUACUGGAGUAACGUUUCCGCCCUGUCGGUGAUAUCGGACGGUCCCAGCCUGCUGGAGGACAUCCUGUCGCUCAACAUGGAACGGCUGCUGGAUCCGGGAGGUGUGGCCCUAUCCAUACUGCCCCACCUGUUGGCCCAGUGGCUGAUGGGGGUCAUCUUCGCAUACAUCCAUCUGGGACCAAAAUACAAACUCAUCCAGAAGGCGUUGCCCUUCAGCUUCCUGAUGCCUCUGUUCCUAGCGAUGCUACCGCUACCGGCGGUCGUGUUAAGACAUUCUCCCGCGUUUGCUGCCUUUUUACCGUUGGUGCUGUCCAAAAUUGCCCUAUGGAGUUCCUCCUUUGAUGUGGUCAAGACAAUCCUCAGCGGAUAUCAGCAUGCUCGAAAUUUCGCCAGUAACUUUGGCAUCUCUGCACUGAUCGAAAACGAAUGGCAACGAUUGAACGUGCCAUGUGUGCUGAGAGCGUUCUGGACGAUUCGGCUUACGGAACAGUUGAUUAGCAUGCUGAUUAACUCGGACGUCCCGCUCAGGUUUGCUGCAACGGUACAGAGCCUGUUGGUCAGUGGUUGUGAAACGCUGACUGCCGUCCUAGGAAUGACCAGCAUAAUUUCCCUGGUUUGUCACUAUAUCGGGAAAGCUUUUCAGCAUUUUCUACUAUCCGAGGAUUACGACGAGGACAAAUCAAUCGGCACGGUAUCGGCCAUUCUAUUCUACAUUCUGGCACUGCAAACCGGACUUACCUCGCUUUCGCCGGACAAGCGAUUCGUUCGUUUGUGCCGGAAUUUGUGUCUGCUCAUCACAGCGCUGCUACAUUUUCUGCACAACAUAGUCGCACCGAUUCUGAUGUCUCUCAGUGCAGCUAGGAAUCCAUCCAGAAAACGUCACGCACGAGCUCUGAUGGUAUGCGCCUUUCUUCUGCUAACCCCACUGGGACUACUCAGUAUCCUGUGGGCGCGACACUCGCCUUCAACCUGGCUGCUAGCAGUAACCGCCUUUUCGGUGGAAGUGAUUGUUAAGGUAUUGGUAAGCCUAGCAACGUACACGCUAUUUUUGCUGGACGCACGACGGCAAACAUUUUGGGAGAAGUUGGACGACUAUGUGUAUUACAUCCGAGCCUUUGGAAAUUCAGUCGAGUUUUGCUUCGGGAUAUUCCUGUUCUUUAACGGCGCAUGGAUCCUCAUUUUCGAAUCCGCUACCAUUCCUGUAGGCGGUGCGAUCCGGGCGCUGAUGAUGUGCAUCCACGCGUACUUCAACAUCUGGUGCGAGGCAAGGGCCGGCUGGGGAGUGUUCAUGAAGCGACGGACGGCGGUGCAUAAGAUUAGUUCGCUGCCGGAAGCAACCCCGCUGCAACUGCUGUCGUUCGAUGAUGUCUGCGCAAUUUGCUACCAGGAAAUGACCUCGGCGAAGAUUACUCGCUGCAAGCACUACUUCCACGGGGUUUGCCUGAGGAAGUGGCUGUACGUGCAGGACCGUUGCCCGCUGUGCCACGAAAUAAUUAUGAAUCAGGAUGGCAAAAACGGUGACGGACCCGAGGGUGACGGAACCGAUGCUGUCAACGAUGAGGACCGUAAUCUGCUGUCACCGGGCAACGGAACACCGGCCGGUGCUUCAAAUGCCAGUUCCAGUGACAGUUCGUCAGCGAGCGGCGCAUCCACUGUGGCGACAAUAUCCGGCGUUUCGCCUAGCAGCAGUGCCGGCAGCAGCGCCACAAUUUCUGCAAUCAGUAGCACCAACACCGUCAGCAGCAGUAGUCGAGGCUCACUAGCCGUCAGUGGCUUUCGCAUUCCUAGUUCUGCAGCUGCUACCUCGUCCAGUACGUCCCUGCCAUCGGCGGUGUCAGGAAACAAUACGACGGCAUCACCGGCGUCGGAUUCAGCCGCUGUCACCGCCGCGGCAUUGUCCCAUAUUAUGCGGCAGCACCAUCAGCCGCGAUCGUCCGCCGAGCGGGAGUUUCUCGACGAUCUGGAAUGAGCUCGUCACGGUUCGGAUUAAGGUACGAAGCGAACCGAAUGAUGGUGUGAUUUAUGGGUAGUAGUACUAGUUGUUUAUGUUGUACUAGCUUUGCCCCUGUCUGUUUAAAUAUCGCAGACUUUUAUUGGGCAGUUCUAUCCUGUGGGUCCUGUAUGUGUAGCUUGGACGUUUUUUAUCUUCUUGGGGAAAAUGCCGGGAGCUUUGCCUUUGGCAGAGAAAUCGUUUUAGUCUAAUUUUGGGAUUGUUUCGUUCCUAGACUGCCGGGAACACAUAGUGAAGAGAGGUGAAAUGGAUAACAGAUUAGCCGCAGCAAGAUGCACCGGUGGAGGCAAGGGUUAAGUUAUUAUCAUUACGCAAUUUGUGUUGCAAACUGGCAGGGAAAUCACGACUCGGUCGAUUGUUCGGGAAAUUAAAUUGCUGGGUAGGUUCGUCGCACUGGAAAUGCCAUUUGUCUGAUUCCACUGCAGCAGUUUCUUGUCACCCGCAUCAAAAUUACGUAAAUAUGGUUAUGGAAUAGCUAUUGCUCUGCUUUUGUCCGAUCAAUUGUUAAAUAACAACCAGCUCCGUUUCUCUAAACCGAUCAACUGAUGUCGCUUUUCGUGUACCUCACACCCUUGCUGCUUGCUGGUGAAACGGGCAGGAGAAAUAAAAACGUGGCUGCAAGUGAUACUUACAUCUGUCUAAUUUAUCUAUUUUUAUCUUUUUUUUAAUGAAAUGCUAAAGAGGAAUGUAAUUACCUGUGGGUGGGACAGCGUAGUCAAUUUAAGUUAAUGCAGCAUCGUUUCGAACUGAAGAAAAAGGGCGUGCUCUGUUAUCACCAGACGGUAGUCAAAUGUGCAUUUUCUUUUUGUUUGUCGAUACUCCAUUGAAUCCAUAAUUAGUUGCAAUUUUUGUGAGAACGCAAAACACAAACAUCUCCAUGUAAAUAUGAGAACCAUUGACUUCAACAAAGUAGAAGUCUAGUAGAAACAGAAACCAUGUGCAAAAAAAAAAAAAGAAAGAUAACUUUACAUGGAAAAUAUAGACUAAGU